UACAAUUUUUGCGUUCAUCACUUGCUAUCACAACAGCAAACCGUAAUCAAAGCAAAAAAUCAUCAAUCAAAAGAGAGAGAGAAAGAUAGAGAUUUGGAGAAAAAUUAGUGAAAUCAGUUUGUAUGAAUUUUUAGCAAACCUUAGUUAUUUUUGUGAAAUAAUCGUUGUUAAUCAAACUGUAUGUAACCAAAUAUGAUCUGUAACUCUUGUGGCUUAACAAAGGAUAAAAAGUUCAUAACAACAGCCGAAAAAUUACAAUCAAAAUCAAACUCUUUAUCCUCUUGUCCGAUAAAAUCAUGCUUGAAGAAGCGAUCAUCAAUACCACCUUCACCUCCACCUCCAACCAUUAGUCAGUCUAACUCUUCCAAUUCCUCUUCCACAUCAACAUCAACAUCUUCACUAUUGUUUUCCUCGCCCGAAACCAUUUUAGCCCAAUGUGAUGAAUCCUUAGCUAAACUUCGUCUCACUUUUACAGAUGGGUUAAUCGAUGAUUACAUAGUUGGUGAUCGAGUCUGGGUCGAUGGCAACAAACCUGGUUACAUCCAGUUUAUCGGUGAAGUGCACUUUGCUGAUGGUGAUUGGGCUGGUGUUGUUCUUGAUGACGCACUUGGUAAAAACGCUGGUUCCGUGAGUGGCAGAAGGUACUUUUACUGUGAACCAAAACGAGGUUUAUUUUGUAGACUCGGCAGACUUUCUCGGUAUCCAUAUUCAUUUGGUAAAUCAACUCCAGAUUCCGGGAUAUCUGGUGACAAUGAAGGUGAUCCAAUAGCUAAAGGACUUCGUCGUCAAUUUAAAUCGACAAACUCCUUCUCACGAGGAGGCUCACCAAGUCGAUCUCUUAGCUCGGAUCGUAGUCGAUCAUUGAGUAGAUCAGUGAGUCGAUCACCUGAAUCGUCACGCUGGUUGUCAUCUUAUUCGGAAACAAUGCAUCAUGACCCUCGAUGUCCAUCAGCUCUUUCCUCUUCAACUCGUCGAACUGUGUCUCCAAAACGUCAUCGCUCUGUUAGUCCUUUAUCUCGAUAUAAUUGGGUAAACGAUGAGGAUCUGAAUGAUAUUAUGCACGAUGACUAUAAUUACGAUACAAAGACAUCAAAAGUUUAUUCUUAUACACUCCCUCGCAAGCCUGCUUCAACAUUCACAACCGUUUCUACUGUUACAACCACUGUUGAUGGUCAAUACAAGCCUGGUCCACUUCGCCUUGGUGAUAAGGUUUUCGUCAAUUCCUCUAAAGGUCUUCUUACUGGUCGACUUAGAUUCCUUGGAACCACUCAUUUUGCACCUGGACAAUGGGCUGGUGUUGAAUUAGAUGAACCACAUGGUAAAAAUGAUGGACAAGUUGCUGGUAAAAGAUACUUCACUUGUCGAUCUAGAUAUGGAUUAUUUGCUCCAGCCUACAAAGUCGUUAAAGCUGAUCCCAAUCGGAUGACGACAGUAACCAAAACCAUUCGAAAUGGACCAAAAUUUUGAGAAUCCAUGGUCAACCAAUGUUUACCUGAUUAGAGUUGAUCACUGAAGUAGGAUCUGAUUAUCCUUAUUGACGUAAAUUGAGCAAAAUGGUAAAGCCACGCAAAGAGAUUAACAUUUGGAUUACAACCUUUGAUGAAUGCUUUUUCUGUUUCUUUUUGGCACUCUUCUAACUUAAUCGAAAUCCAUUGAUUGAUAUUGGACAAACAACUAAAGAUUCAUGGACCUAACCAGUACCAUAGUUAUUAAUAAGGAUACAACCUAAUUGCGAAUUAGCUUCAAUCAAAGUUUAAUUUUGUGUUCACUACCUUUUUGUUUUGUCUACUGAUUCCUUCAUCUAUUCAUUAUUGGAUCAGUGCCCUGUUAACCAGCUAACUUUAUAUACAAUUUCAGCCUAAAACUCCUGUAAUUGGACUUUUGAUUACAAUUUCAUCGACAUUUUUUAUUUAUACUUUGAUUAAAUUUUUCGUUUGUCAGUGUCAGCAGCAAAAAAACCAAUGUAUUUCGCGUUUCAUCGAUUCAUUAUUAAACAGUUUUUCAAAUGAAUUAAA